AUGAUUUCGCGAGUUCUGCACGAUCAAGAGAAACAUGUUCGUAAACUCGAAGCUCUUCAAGUUCAACUGAGGCGGUAUGAAGAGGAAGCUGCCAACCUCAAUCGGGUGCUUGAUGAGCAGCGCAAUGGCAUGGAAGAACGCGACCGACUGAUUCGGCAGCUCAAAUCAGAAAAUCAGCAACGUACCGGACCAUCACCGGAACUGGAACAACUAAAGGCAGAGCAUGCCCAGUGCGCCCAACAGAUUCAACAGAAGCAGCAGCAGCUUGAGACACUGAUGAAGCAGCUGGAGGACCAAGCGGAGGAGAUCCUCACUACAAAGUAA